AUGGCUAUGCGCAUUCACAGUCUUCCAUGCAAUAUACAAAUUUUCACUGCAACAAUUGCUAGUUUAAGCAUUUUGGUGUUUAUAUCUUUUAUCAGCUCCGUUCACGGCCGAAUUCUGAGAAUCAAUUCCUCUGAUGAUUUAAUCUCAGAUGGAAUUGAUCAUGUUCAAGAUCAAUCUCAAACUCUUACCGCGAAUGAUGUUCUUGUGUCCACAAGCACUUGUCAGCACACAUAUGGCUUCCUACCAUGUGCAGAAAAUGCUGGAGGAUACAUUUUCCAAAUACUGGUUUAUCAGGGUCUACUAGUAUUUGGAGGAAUGCAGCUGAGCAUUGGGAGCAAGGUGUUCUUUAAAAUCCUUGAAAUAAAAUUUCACACAAGCAAAUAUGUUGGUAUCAUUUUCCGCAUCCUCAUGGGGUUACCAUCAAUGAUGAUGAUGAUCAUAUCUGGAAUUUUCGGUAGCAAAGAGACAGCUCAGUCUCUGGUGUCACUUGGAGUGGGUAUCUUUGCUGGAGUCACUGUAUUUACUCUCACGCUGCAGUGGGGUAUAUGUCUGAUUUAUGGCGCGAAUUAUUUGCAAAAUAACGGAGAGUCUGCGGAUUCAGGAUCUCGAGAAAAAUCAAAAUUAAAAGAUACCGGUGUUACACUUCAUGAGGCAACUCAGCCUCUAGCUGGGAUUAUGCUUCUAUCUUUGGUUCCUUACAUUAUUGUGCAACUAGUUGAUAUCUUCAAUGCAUCCCGCACAGUGCUUUUGAUAGCAUGCAUAGUGUCUGCCGCAUUUUUACUUACUUAUUUUAUCUAUCAGUUAUUAAUUUCAGACUACUUGCAGUAUGAGUUUGUAACAAAAGUGCUUAUGAGUUAUUUGGAAGAAAAGGGAAAAAUUGUUGAUGAUGCUGGGAAUCUUAACCAUGAUCGCAUCAAAGAGGUAUUUAAUGAAGCAAAUAAAGAUGAUGACGAUUAUAUAACAGAUGAUGAAUUGAGAAAGUUGUUUAAAAAAAUCGAGCCAGGGAUGUCCGACGGUGAUAUAGAAUCAGCUGUUGCUAAGACAAUUAAAAAUUUUGAUCACGACAAUGACAAGAAAAUCAACCUAGAUGAAUUCACCAAAGCAUGUGAAUUCUUAUCUAAAGACGGUGAUUUCUUUUCAAGAGAAUUUUCGGACGAGAUCUUUCAACAGUUUUACCUGAUGAGAAAACAUCAUAAACUGGGAAUUCAUCCAAUAAUGUCAAAAUUUCUAGUGCACGCUCAAAGCAAACUACCUGAAGGAGAAUCGCUUAUCGGAGAAGAUGGAAAAGCCAACACUGAGAAAAUUAAAGACCUCUUUGGACAAUAUGUUAUUGAUGGUAACGAUGAGAUAUCAAUAGAUGAAUUAAAGAAACUAAUCAAACCAGUCAAAUUCGGAGACUUGGAGCCGAAACUCAACGAUGUGGUGAAAACAAUUGUUUACCAUUUCCAUUAUAAACGUGAUGAUAAAAUAGAUAAAGAAGAAUUUGUCCAUGGAAUAAAAAAAUGGCUUGAUGAAGCCGUUAAAAUUGCCAAAUGUCUUGAUAAGACUAAAAGCGUGAAAGAAUUUGACAGGAUAGUAUGGGAGAAGCUCGUUCAUCGACGCACUUUCUGGAAUUUUGUAAAAUGUGUAUCAAGAAUAGUUUUGGGUAUUGUUAUAAUGACCUUUGUUGGAGGACCUCUCACGACUAGUAUCCUACAGUUAUCAUAUGCCAUAGGGGUGCCUUCUUUCUCCAUCUCAUUUGUGAUAGUGCCAUUGGCAAUGAAUACAAGAACCUUAAUAGAAGCUAUCUUUCCAGUUGGCGAAAAGACUCAGAAAACGGCAUCUUUAAUUUUCUCCGAGAUUUAUAAUAGCGUUGCAAUGAACAACAUCUCGAAUUUGACAAUUCUGCUAGCAGUUGUGUAUGUGAAGGACUUGCCAUGGGAUUAUUCAGCUGAAGUGCUAACUAUUUUGGUUGUCUGUGCCGUAAUAGGGAUUUUGGGAUUCUCAACUACCAAAUAUCCCUUCUGGACUUGCUUAUUAGCAUUUUUUCUCUAUCCAUUUUCCUUGGCGUUGUACUGUUUUGUUGAACUUGUUCUUCACUGGAACUAA